CACGAAUAACUCGUGAAAAGAAGUAAAUAAGACUGGUUCUCCUUCGUACACGAUGGACACUACUCCUCUGCUAUCAGAACCAGAGGAUGGAUCCAUCCAAGAAUCCCCGUAUCACCUUCCACAGCCUCUUCGGGGUCCAUCUCUGGAUGAAUUAGCUGGAUGUGGUGUUGAUGUUAGAAGCCCCGGUGACGACACUACAACGACGGGCAUCGACUUCAGGGACUACACGUCUCUCAGCACGAAUGUCCAGAUCGACAGAUUGAAAGAACACGAAGAGGAACACGAACCAACUGUGAGAAAAGUCGUUUUUUCUCCUGAUCCGACGACUGCUGAUGCAGUUCCUUUGGACAUUCCAAGACGUAUCCCCAUUAGUUCAGCAUCAACAUACAGUAAUCAGGAUCUCAGUGACCUUGACAGCGUAUCUACUUCCGCUCGUCACGAUGGCCGCUACACCUCUGCCAGUAUGGAAGACAGGCACUCGGGGCCUGUUCCAUCUUUUGCAAAAGGCACAAGAGACGUGACAACCCAGCCUCGAUCUGAUGAGAUAAUAAAUGCGGACGAAUAUAUAUACCCACCGCAAUGUACAGGUGUUGCCCCUCCGCUAUCUGAAGGAAAGAGGUACCACGUCUUCUUCUCCUAUGAAAUCUCCGACAGAGAGUGGGUGGAGGAGGUCACCAGACGUCUGGAGUCGCCAGAGAUGGGCUUCAGAUGCAGCAUGCACGAGAGAGACUUUCACGGAGGUAAGCGUAUCAUUGAAAACAUCACCGAACACAUCCGACUGUCGGAGAAGACGGUGUUGGUGCUGUCUCCAGACUUCAUACAGAGUCACUGGUGCAUGUUUGAGAUUGAGAUGGGGAUGAUCCUGAGCAUGGAGGAGAGCCAGCUGCUGGUGGUGCCUGUGAUGGUGAAGCGAUGCUGUGUACCCGACAGUAUCAAGACCCUCACCUACAUUGACGCAACUCCUGGUAAUGACUGGUGGCAGCGGUUCAUUGGGGCCAUAGUUUGUAAAGAGGACCUACGCGGUAACCAAGCAGGAACAAAGGAUUUGAGAAUCGAACCUCGUCAUGGAAAUAUGGAUGCGUUGGUUGAGCUAUCUUCCGACUUCAAGUGUCCCUUGGGAGAACAGUUGAGGACCCCUUAUAUACCCGAGCCGUUACUGAGACCAGGUGUUCAGGUUCCACCAGAUGAGUUUCAACAGGCGAUGGACAUCAUUAGAUCUGCAAGGUGCUGCUGUGCAGUAUUCUGCGACUUCGGACCAUGUUGUGUGCCAGUCUUCACGAUCACACUUGCAGGAUACCUCGUUUCACUGUUGAUUGGGUUACUAAUCUGGCAAUUUCUUGGCGUCGCACUGUGUUUUAUACCUCCCUGUCUGUCUAUCGUUAUAUCAUUUUAUGCUCAGAGACGGAUAAGACGGUCUCGACUCGAAAAAGCAGUUGCUGAAGUCAACGCGAUAUUUCUGAAGUACAACGUCAUCGUAGGAUAUAAGAUGCAAAUGGCUGGUUGCAUUUUGACCCGGACAUACCUCCAAUUUUGGUUUUAUGAUCCAACGGAAUGCAAGAACUUUUUGGCAAAUUUUCUGGAAGGAAUUGAAGGAAGACAUCUUGAAUCUGGUUCAAAUGCAGACAAGGCAUCGCAGCUGUUUCAACACCACUGCCUUGACUACACUUCCGCUUACAAGGAAGGUCAGCUCAAGGUCAAACAUGGCCCUAGGCACGUCCGCAACGCCAUCUGCCUUUGUCAGUUUGUAGAGGACAAGUACUCAGAGGGCCAGCGUCUCCCUCUCAUGAUCGUAUGAAGUAAAUCCAUGCUUUAUGGCAUUGUGAUUUCCCAGGAUAGCAACACAAUGCUCCUUUAUGUACAAAAACACACUCUGUGUCAGGUCUUACUUUCUUAUGUACCAGUUUGAAUGUUUUCGAUUGUGAUAGUUUAGUUUAAAACAGAUUAUAAAAUUUCAGUAAUAUCACUGCCGUGAUUAGACGGUUACCUACUUUGGUAAAACCGACAUUGCUGACAAAGCAAGAACAUAGGGAGAAAGAAGCUUUGUUUCGAACCGACAAUGUCUUAAUGCCAAUCAAAGAAGUCUUAGAUGUCUGACGAACCUGUGACUCUCCCAAUGAAUUGUGACCCCAUUCUCUACUGAACUACCCGCCCUCCAUUUUAUAUAUACAUGUAGUUUUAAAGCCUUCAGUUUCCAUUGAGCGUAGUUGGUUUGUUGGUUGGUUGUUCAAUGCCGCACUCAGCAAUAGUCCAGCUAUAUGGCGGCGGUCUGUAAAUA